AUGACCGACGAGCUGCUUCGGUCCUCCGCCUCGGAGCCGUCCAUCUUUGGCGAUGACGACAACGACCCGUUCUCUGCAUCAUCGAGCUCCACCUCUGCCUCUUCUGGGUCUGGGUCUGGGUCUGGGUCGAGCAGCAAGGCCAAGCAGCAGCAGCAGGCCAAUCCAUUCUCAUUCAAGAACUUCACUCCCGGCGCUGCUGCUGCUGCUGCUUCCCAGGUCGCUGCCCCCGUGCCCACCGCACAGAGCACUGCCGCACAGGCCACCAUGAGCAUGAGCGGAUCCUCGAGCGGCGGCGAGGCUGCUGCCCAGUGGACCAGCAAGCAGCCAAAUCCAUUCUCAUUCAAGAAUUUCAGCACUCCAUCGCCAGCGUCGUCGGCCGCUGCGGUUGGGAUGGGCAUGGCCACGCAAGACGUCCCGCUGCUGCCAGAGCUGCCCAGUGGAGGGUCGAGCGGCCACGCAAGCUCAAGUAGUAACGGUGCUCCGCGCCCCAAAUCGACCGCUUCCGCACCACCCGCGAUGGCGACUGCUGCCGUGAACAAUGCUAUGGCCCACAGCGAAGUCGUAUUGCCACCGAUUGGCGGCGGGUCGUCGAGCGCUAGUGCCGGACUGGACUUGCCAGAGGUCUUUUCGUCGUACAGCUCAACAUCAUCCAGCAGCAGCAGCAGCGGGAGCGCGUCGGCUGCAUCCCUGAUGUCCAAGGCCAAUGGAAGUGCACUGGAUCUGGCCACUCAGCUCGCAGCCGCCCUCAGCCGGAUUGCGCAACUGGAGCAAGAGGUUGCGACACACACACCAGAACGAGAGCGGCUUGCGGCUGUCGAAGCCAAACUCAAUCUUGCCAAGCAGAAUUUCAAGGCUUACCGCGCCAAAGAGGCCGAGGAAACCAAAGCGCUCGAGAACAUGGUGCAUAUGGUUGAGCAGAAUCUCGAAGCCGCCAACGCUCGCGCAGUCAAGGCAGAAGCCAAGAUUGAGCGCCUGAAAGGCGAAUUGAAGGUCGCCCAGCUCCAAGCGCAAAUGAACCAAACAGACCCGACAGCGCAAGCCUUCAUUCUAGACAUCAAGACCAAAGCCAACUAUGCUUCCAAUCAGCUCACCAAGGCCGCAACGGACGCCGAAGUGGCCAUGCGACAGCUAUAUACCGGAGUCGAGACUCUGCGCUCCAUCUCAGACGUACUCAUGUCGCUUGGCAAAAUUGCCGCUGCACCAGCUCAAUGA